AUGGCAACCCACGAAGAGCUCGUCGUGGAGCUGCCAAAACUGGACAAACUUAGCAACGCGGCGCGACUGAAGCACGCCAAGAAGCGACGUCUAAAGCAGCUGAAGCGUUACCAGGAGUACGUGAGGCAGCAGCGAGCCCUGGCGUCCACUCCAAGCACGGCCGGUGUUAGCGGUGGAAACAUUAUGAGGCGACGGAAGGCCCCGCGCAUCGCCUUCGAAGACGGGUCCAUACUCAGCGACAUGGUGUCACGGAACGAGCUAAUGGAAGUCAGACAACUGUUGGAGAAAGGUGUUGACCCAAACAUAUCCAAUGCCGAUGGCCUCACUCCCCUGCACAAGUGCUGCAUCGAUAACACGGUUGAAAUGGCUCGGAUUUUGCUGGAGUUUGGUGCUGAUCUCAACGCUCGUGACGUGGAGGGCUGGACGCCGCUCCACGCGGCCGCCGCCACGGGUAACCUACACAUGAUUAACCUCCUACUGGACGAGGGUGCUAGUCUGACGGCCAUCAACCUCGACGACAAGAUGCCAGUAGACGUCUCUGCAGACGCCGACAUUAGAUACAUCCUCCAGCAGAGGAUGCUUGAAGCCGGUUUCACAGAUGAUGUGCUGGAGUACAUUCGAGUCUCGGUGCCCAAGAACAUGUUGGCCGACCUGAAGGACAGUGUGAAGCAGGGCAGGUCUCUUAACGUACAGGACAAGUACGGAGCCACCGCGCUGCACGUGGCCGCUGCCAAUGGCUACGCGGAUGUCCUAAACUUCCUUCUCUCCCAGGACAACAUCAACCUGGACGUUCAGGACACUGAGGGUUGGACCCCAUUCCACGCGGCCGUGUGCUGGGAACAGCAGGAGGCCAUGAGACUUCUGGCCGAGAAGGGAGCCAGCAUGGACAUCAAGAACCUUCACGGAGAGACUGCUUACGCCAUUGCCGACGAGCCAGAGGUCAGAGAGUACAUUCUCCAGCUGAAGUCAGAGUUUGGCCAGGCGGCGGACCGAGCCAUGGAAGAAGCAGAGGCGGAGAAAUCGGAGGAGUUGGGCCCGCGGACCAGGAGGCUUUCGGUGAGACGGAUGAGACAGGCAGACAAGAGCAACAUGAUGAAGGACUCGAUCAAGGAGGAGGCAAUGUUACGGAGGGAGUCAAUGGUCCGACAGGACCACGAUCGAGAUCUGAUGGCGAGACAGGAGAGCAGUGGUGACAUGGUCCCAAUGGGAGACGGGGACGGACUGGUAGAACUGACCUCCAUCAGAAGACUGGACACUGUCGACAGUAUCGACAUCACCUCUGAAUCCCGUGCCUCCGUCUCAUCGCCAACCGCUGGGUCCGACGACGGCAACGCUGAAAAAUCUCUCGCGGCUGACAUCGUCCCCUCGUCUCCGACAGAGAACGCGGCAGUGGGAAUGACGCGGAGGGAGGGGGAGAGGGGGAGGAGCCUCGAGGCAGUGAGGACAGGGAGGAGGAAAAGUCGCUAACGAAACGAGGAAGCCAACUGGCAAUCCAGAAGAUCCAAAGACCGGACUCUCUAGAAAUAGACGACUCGUUUUCACCAAAGACGACAGAGUCCUCGAGUAGAAACCCGCGUAAGAGUGUCCUACGUAAGAAGGACCCCACCCCCGUCCAUACAGGCCCCACCUACACCAGCACGUCACCUCUGGGUGACCCUACGACAGCACCGGGAAGAGACGCUCCUCCACAAGUGUAGGGAGAGAGUGCUGCUCAGUCAUGUGACCUUCACCCACACACUAGUCAGAGGGUAUUAUGUGAUAUUAUAUAAUAGCACCAUAUUAUUUUUAUUCGUUAAAAAGUAAAACGUAUAUGAGUUGAACAUGUUCUGAUUUUUGUGCUGUGUACCAAUGUGAAAUGUGUGAGUUUUACUUCUUCACCCAACGUCAUUGUGAAUCGAAUAGUUUUAGGAAACCCUAUAUACUAAAUUU